AGUUACAAAAUACCGAAAGAUUCAAUACACAGAAUAUAAAACAGUCACAGAGCAGGUGACCAGGUGUUGUGAUGCCUACGAACAGGUUGGCCAUUACUGCGCACUAAUGGUGAACAGGAGUAGGGAGCUCAUUGUCAAACCAGGAUCUUGUCCAACAACAACUGUGCCUUGUGUCCGUGACUGUGAAUGGGAUACAGAUUGUCCAGGCUGGCAAAAAUGCUGUCAGUUUUGCACAGAUCCUACAAACUCUGAUUAUUUUAAACGAGGAGGGUCACAGUUCAACGCAACAGUGACGAUAAAAGUGGAUUAUAAAGAUUUAAUGUCCAGAGAAGGAGGACUCUACAAUCACACCAGACUAUUAUAUGCUAUGGUAACUGGGGUCCUCAAGUUACAUGCCUCCAUCUAUUACCUCAAUUCACAACCUGUGCAUCCAUACAGAACUGCCACCUCUCUCAUGAUUGACUGCAGGUCCAGCCCUUCCCUUCAUAACGUCACAAUAAUGCUCUACCAGCUCAUCAAACACAUCCAAGAGGUGUCUUCAGUAACUGUACAAGAUAUAGAUGAAUGCACACAGCCUUUUCUCAAUGGUUGCUCUCCAUAUGCUGAUUGCAUGAACACUGUUGGCUCUUACUUCUGCACCUGUCGCCCUGGAUACGCUGAUGUGGACCAAACCAACCCUGGAACUAACUGCACAGCUAUGCCCACCUCCACACUGAAGACUACAUCCUUUUCUCCCAUGAGCACAGCAAGCACUUUCAGCAGAACUACAACAGAGUCACUGACCACCAUUAUUUCGAAUAAUACAACUUACACCAAUGAGACGCAACCACCAACAACUUGCUCAGCUCCCUCCAUCACCAGUUUGAAAGUAGCCAAUGUCACUGCUACAUCAUUUUGUGUCUACUGGUCUAGCCAAUUCCCAAGAAACCAAAGCUACAGUGUUGUUCUCCGUAAUGGGUCAAAGGUCAUCUAUUUUAAUGAUACAAGUCAAACAAUGCUGGCAAUGACAGGUCUACAGGCUGGAGCACUCUAUGUGGUCAUUGUUACACCUCAUGCAUGUGGGAGCCAGGGAAACAGCGCACAGCUGACCGUUAAGACAGAUGCUCAGACUUUGAAUGCCACGGCUCGUCUCACUAAUGUUAACUACACCAGCGACUUAGAAAAUACCUCCAGCUCUGCCUACACAAACCUCAGUGCCGACAUCUACAUGGAGAUCUACAGGUCUCUGCCCCCUGAGAUGAAGGCCUUGGUCGACUCAGGCCAAGUGAGAAUUGAGAUCACAGGUUUUACCCCGGGCAGCGUAGUCGUCAGCUUCACCCUUGUCUUCACCCUGACUCAAAGUGAAGAUAUCAGCAAUGUUACAUCCGCCGUGUUAACCUCCCUUAUGGACAGCUCUAAAUAUGAAGUGGACUCAAAGAACAUAAAAAUCAUGGAUCGUGAUGAAUGUGCAUUAAAAGAGCACGAUUGCUCUCCAUUUGCAACAUGCAAUAACACCUGGGGGUCUUACACCUGUACUUGCUGGAAAGGGUUCGUGGAUGUCAGCCCAGAAAGGCCCGGUCGAUCAUGUGAAGCUGCCACAGCCACCUCAGCCAAAACAACCACCUCUGCUGCCCCAACAACCAGUUCUGUUUCCCCGACCAUUACCACACCCCAAACAACCACCACUAACGUCGUAACAACCACUCGUACUUCCAUGACAACCACCACUGCUCCCACAACAACCACUUCUGUUGGUCCGACCACUACCACAGCCAAAACAACCACCACUCCUGCCCCAACAAUGUCCACCACUGCCUCAACAACUACCACUGUCCCAACAACCACAAAUGCUUCCAUGACAACUAUCACUACUUCCUCAAUUACCACAACUGCCCGAACAAUGACCUCUGCUGCUCUGACCUCCAGCAUUGCUACCACCACAACAACCACCAAAACCCAAACAACCACCAUCGCACCAACAUCCACUAAUGUUUCUAUGAUGACCAACUUUGCUACCGUGAUAGCCACCUCUGUUGCGCCAACAACAACCACCAAUGCUACCUUGACUACCUCCACAACUGCCUUGACAACCACCACAGCCCAAACAACUACCACUGCUGCCCCAACAACAGCCACCAGUGCUACCCCGACUACCUCCACAACUGUCUCAACAACCACCAAAGCCCCAACAACCAUUAAUACUUCCAUGACAACCACCUCUGUUGCCCCUACAACCACCACUGUUGCCAGAACAACCAAUACUACAUCACUGCCAACUUCUGCCACAAUGUCCACCAGUCUAUUAACAACUUCAGUUUCCACGACUACUGCAACCACCAUUUCAUUAACAUCAACUACUAACAGGCCUACAAUCGCAAGUUCUACAAGCAACACAACAACAGUCCCCACUACCAGUUCCCCCCAUCGCUCUGGUAUCAUAACAGUAAACAUCUCUGCAUCCGGGGCCAUUACAGUGACGUGCAAUAUGGACUCCAUCACGGUUACUGUUGCCAAGGACUUCCUCCAGAGCAGUCAAAUCACAGAGGCUGCUCUCUACCUGGGCAUGGCAGACUGUGGGGUCAACGGAGGGAAUUCCACACAUGCCCAGCUGACAGUGGACUGGGACGAGUGCAACACUGUUCUAAUGCAGAAUGACAGCUACUAUACUGCCUCUGUAACCCUGUUUAACACCAUAAACACCAAUGAGGGGUCUAAGAUACGACUGCAGAUACCUGUCAUCUGCACAUACAAGAAUAAUAUGCUCAUUACAUCUGACUUCGGCUCAGUGGGGUACGAUAUGAUCAAGGACGUGAUCUCGGGCUCAGGGAUGUUCCAUGUGACGGUGCAGCUGAUGAAUGGCUCUGUGCCUCUGCCCCAUAACUACAGCCUGUCCCCCAGUGAGGCCGUGCUCCUGGUGGUCAGCCUCAACACAUCAGUGGACAAGAUCAAAGUGGUCAUCAACAAGUGCUGGGCCACCCCCACCCCAUUCCCAAUACCGGUGUCCAGCUACAUCUUCAUGGAUAACAGGUGUUCAUUGAAUCCUUACACCACGGUUAUAACUAAUGGGAAUUCCAGCACUUCCAGCUUGUCUGUGCAGAUAUUCUCCUUUGUAGAUCUCAGCAUCAUCUAUCUGCACUGCCAGGUGGAAAUAUGUGUGGAAAUUGGUCUGGACUCCUGCGCUCCUGACUGUCUGCAGAGAGCUUCCCGCUCUGGCAACACUGUUGGAAAAGGUCUAGGGACUUCUGGACCUCUGCUCAGGCUGUAUGAAGAAACCUUUGAAGAGGAAUUCGACAAAGUCUCAAUAAUUGGACUGUCCUGUCUUGGCGUGGGGCUGGCAAUCUUCUUCAUCAUUGGUUUUGUCUGUCUUUUCUAUUACCAAAGGAAUCGCAUUGGAAAUUACAACUUCACCAACAAACCCAAAGAAGAAAAUGCUUCUUUUACUGCAAUAUCUUGAAGAAGAAUCUGAAAUAACAAAUGUUUGCGGUACUUGCACAGCAACUUGCUCAGCCUUUGCACUGCUACAAUACACCUCAGGGGGGCACUCUUCACUUUAUUAUUUAUAGAAUAUCUACAAAAGCAUAACCUUGAAAGUGCGUAAGAAAGGUUUAUAUGAUUCUCAGAUUUUGACUUAAUUUGGUGGGAUAAUACCUGCUCUAAAUAUAAAUUAUAGUUUUACAAUGAUCAAUAACCAAAUUGUGCAGAAAAAUCGAAAAAAAAAAUUCAAAAUUACAGGAAGUAGAAAGUUUCAUAUUGAUCAAAAGUUCAACACAAAUUUCACACAAAACACAUUUUUUCAGAUUCCUAAACUAUUAUUUAAACAAGAUGAAGGUGUUUUCUUAUAUUUUUAUUUGUUAAAUAAUAAUUUCUGUGUACAUUAGAGGAAUUUUGACCCAGUGUACUUCAGAUUGCUAAGUAACAGUUAAGAAAAACCAUAGGGUGAUGUCACGAUUUCCAAUCAGGAAUUUUUAAAAAUGUAUUUAUUUAUUUAUUUUCUUUGUUUUGUUUUUUUCGUUUUUUCGUAAAAUUUUAAAUAUGAUGAUUUAAUGUAUUUUUGUGAAAUGAGUAGUUCAACCUGUCAUAGGCACUUAAAGUCAAGAAUCUGAGUUGUGUCAUGAAAUUGACUCAAAGGAAUUGCACAUUAAUGAAUCACAAGAAAUAUGCUGCCUUAUAAUUGUUAAAGGAAUAGGGCUUAUUCAAUUGCAGCAAAGUGUUUUUUUGUUUGUUUGUUUUUUUUAAAUUGCAAAGAACCUGUGGUGAAUAUAUUUAUUUAUUUAUUUAUUCAUCAUGUUGCCUCAGCUAUUGUCAAAUAGCUGCAAUAUUUUAAAGAUAAUAAGCAUAAUGUUUAGCCUAUAGUAGUAUUAUAUUUAUAGAAUGCGCAGUUGUACUGAAUCACUGUAAAAGUUAUAUCUUAUAAUCAAAUAAUCAAAACUGAAAAAUAAAACAGGCCUGUGCAGAGGGAGCAGCCAGCCACUUGAGGACGCUACAACUCUG